CUUUAGUGUUUACAAAGUUCAUUUAUACAGUGAGCUGAAGAAAGCACGCGUACACCAGACGCUUGCUCUUUAUUCCAAGCACAACUGAAGCAUUUUUUUUUCAUCACACGGACAUGUCGACAUCAGAGCAAAAUCUUUCCGACGAAUUCGAAGGGGAACUGCCGGCGGAGGAGAAGCCUCGUCUUACCUUCACACCAGAUGUUCCAUUGGCCAUUCAUUACGGGCAUAAACUGGAUAUGACAGAUAGGGAUCCCGUCAAAAUGAACGACCACGUAAAGGUACAGAAAUAAACACAAAGGAAAUGUUUUUCAAGUAAUUUACUCUAUUUGCAUCAAUGACCUCGAUAAACAAAAAUGUUAGGCGAUCCUUUAUUUCAUACGAGUGUUUUUAGGAGAGGGGUGUUGACACUGUCCAUUCGGUGUCACUUUUGAGCGGAAAUUUUUCAAUAUAACGAGCAAAAAUUUCGGGAAACCAUGUUCAAUUUCUUUUAGUAACACCGUUGUAGCAAAGAAUUUUGUCAUGAGUGCAUACGCGUUGACAUUCUUAAAUUCUCUGGUUUAAAGAUCAAAGAGUUCUUUAAUUUGAACUUAAAUUGGGUCAUGGCUGAAGGAAUACUGAUUAGCUUGUGUAUUGAUUACAGGGGUUGACAUUUGAUCCAGCUUUGUGGAAAGUCUUUUGAUCAGCCCUCUCACCGCUGAAAAGGGUAUUUUUGUGACUCGCGUGGCGUGACACCCAUUCUUAGAACAAUAGAAAGAGUCUUUAUCUGUAACCUGAAAUGCAACUGAAAUUAAACGUAUUUUUCAAAGAUUAAACGCAUAGAUUUUGAAAGCGCAGUACUAAACGAAAUGGGAAUGAGUAUUUCGUUGUAAAUGAUCGAUUUUUAUAUGAUUAUUUCAAGCGUAAUUUUCUACCAGAAACAAGCAAUGAAAUAAACUUCUGAAAAGCUAAAACCAUUGACGACUUGCAAAAAAAAAGUGACUCGGAAAGAAAGAUUUCUUGCUCACGAAAAGAUUGAUUUUUCAUUUACGGACAGGUUUUCUUUCAAGACGUAUUUGCUGAGCCGGAUGGUUCCCACAGCAUUGAUGGGGUCUGGCGGACGAGCUUCAAUACGUUCGUAGCCACCAAGUACUGGUGUUACAGGAUAAUUACAGCUAUAUGUGGAGUACCUACUGCCAUCUUGUGCGGAAUCUACUUUGCUUGUCUAAGUUUUGAUUACAUCUGGUGCAUCAUGCCCUGUUUGCGCGCUUACGUCAUUGAGCUGCAGUGCCUUGGGAAGCUGUUUAGCCUGUGUGUGCGCACAUUCUUCGACCCGUUUUUUGAGUCUGUGGGAAGAAUUUUUGGUGGAAUGAGGAUUUCUCAUGCAAGGGAAGACAACAAACCCUUUUCGGCAUGAUAACAUUUGUCUUGUCACACAAAUGUUUCUCAUUGAGUUGUCUCGAUUUUCUUAAAGUGCAGAGAAAAGAACUUUAAACAUAACGCUAAACCUAGGAAUUCCGUACUCAUGUUUUACUAAAGUUCGUCAGUAUUAUACCAUUAAUAUAUAUCAACCAACCUAGAAUAUAAUCUUAUAUACCGCAUUUACAAUUAUUAAGGCUCAAUUCAACUAUUCGCCUAGGAAUUUGCAAAGUUUGUUCGCUCACCUUGCAGAACCGAACGUUGCAAGACGAACUUUAUGAUUAGCCUAGUUUAUAGAUUACAAAUAUUCAUGGCUUUUUAAUUCCGGUUGUGUUCUAGCAUGUCUCUAAUUGAACAUACGUCUUCUAUACAUA